AUGGAACGAAGCAAUGGAACACAGCUCUCAGAAUUCCUUCUACUGGGAUUCUCAGAGGACCCAGCACUGCAGCCCCUCAUAUUUGAUCUCUUCCUCACCAUGUACCUGGUCACUGUGGCUGGGAACCUGCUCAUCAUCCUGGCUAUCCUCUCAGACCCCCACCUCCACACGCCCAUGUACUUCUUCCUCUCCAACCUGUCCUUGGUGGACAUCUGCUUCACCUCCACCACCGUCCCCAAGAUGCUGGUGAACCUCCAGAUGCAGAGCAAAGCCAUCAGCUAUGCAGGCUGCAUCACCCAGAUGUUCUUCUUCAUGCUAUUUGCAGAAAUGGACAAUUUUAUCCUGGCUGUUAUGGCCUAUGAUAGAUUUGUGGCCAUCUGUCACCCUCUGCACUACAUGGUAAUCAUGAACCCCCAGCUCUGUGUGCAGCUGGUCCUGGUGUGCUGGAGCAUCAGUGUCCUGCAUGCCUUGUUGCACAGCCUCCUGGUGCUGCAGCUGUCCUUCUGUGUACCCCUGGAAAUCCCCCAUUUCUUCUGUGAAUUGAAUCAGGUGAUCCACAGUGCCUGCUCUGACACCUUUCUUAACAAUGUGGUCAUGUAUUUUACAGUUACGCUGUUGGGUGGAGGUCCCCUGGCUGGGAUCCUUUACUCCUACUCUAAGAUCGUCUCCUCCAUCUGUGCAAUUUCUUCUGAUCAGGGGAAGAAUAAGGCAUUUUCCACCUGUGCCUCUCACCUCUCUGUCGUCUGCUUAUUUUAUUGCACAGGACUCGCUGUGUACUUCAGUUAUCCUAUUACCCAAAACCCACAAUCAAAUGCAAGGGCUUCAGUGAUGUACACUGUGGUCACCCCCAUGCUGAACCCCUUCAUUUACAGUCUGAGGAAUGAAGACAUAAAGAGGGCCCUGAAGAGGUCUCUAGGAGAGAAAUCAUAA